AUGUCAGCUAGUACCAUCCCGGCCAAAAUGGCCCAUUACGCGCCGAUGACGGCUGAUCUCAGUCACAUUCCCACGCCGAGAGAGGUAAAUGCCGGCGAGGUGUUCAUUGCCCGCUUCAAAAAUUCUCACAAAAAAUACCGAGUCGAUAUCUGGGUCGGUGUGAUCCUCCCCGAUGGAUUUGAGCCAGGCAAAGGACUUAGCCGUCGACCAAAGGGCUCGCGACCGCUCAUACAGGGUGGUGCAUGGAAAACUCCGCUGAGAGAAAGGAUGUAUCCCGUUUACUUCCCGGGAAGAAACACCUUCCGGUGGACUAUCUUCAAUGAUCUUUUUAUGCUCGGUAUUCGGAUCCCAUUUCACUUCAAUGAGCCUAGCACCCGCAGUGAUGCUAAGGCUUUCCGAAAGAUUUUCAGGAUUGCUAAGCAGCAUCCCACCCUGCAGUUCUGGUUGGAGAUGGCCAACCAUGAGACUUCGAUCAAGGGCAAGUCUGGCACUGAAGUAUCGAUUGCCGUUCCGGAUGGAUAUGGUGCUAUGUAUGAUGGCGAAAGCUCCGACGAUGAUGGAAGUGGUGACGGGUCAUACGCAGAUGAUCUAGAUGAGCCAGAAUCUGGUGAUCGAUCUGCUAAUGUGCAGGCGACCAGUAGCUCAUUCUCUGCGUCGCGACUGAUCGGACCCUUUGGCAAGAGAGCAGAGACUCAAUCUACAUCUCUCCGAUUCCCUGGAGAGACAGCAUCAUUUCCGAGCUACUCCCAGUCCAAUUGUUCCGGUACCACACAGGCUCGUCAAGGUUCACCUGAACAGGUAUUCCCCGCUGUACUGAGACGAACUCAGUUGCCUACAUUCUCGGAGUCCAGCAGACCCAGAAUCGUGCAAGUCAAUAGCAGACUCAAGACCGAAGAUUCAAAAGACAGCUCAGCCAAGACCUCUGUUUUUGAUCUGACCUUACGCUCAGCUCUCCAGCAUGUCUUUCUGCAGGAAGAUGAUUCUUCCGAGGUUGUGGAAAUUUUCCGUGAAGUGCUCCAGACUCAAGACCAACCCGAAUUCUUACAAAUUCAGUCUUGGCUGAGGUCGCAUGAAUUUGCCCCUCUUGUGGUUCAAGUCAAUAAUCCACCGCUAAGAGCCGCCGACGGCAAUGCGUCACCGAACGUUGCGUCCCGCCAGAUCGGGGACGUUAUGAAUAUCCAUCGUAAAUACCAUCUAGCUGCCGUUUCCGACUCGACAGACCUACAGGACAAGAUCAUCUCUCUUGGCCGCCUUUACACACAAGCAAGGAGGUAUGAGAUGGUCCAGCUAAUUGACCUUAUCCGAAUCAAGCUGCAAGCUGCGUGGAAUUCGUAUCCUGGUCUUGCUCAGUUACAGCCGAUCCUGCAGGUAACUACGAUGGCAUUCAGCCGGGAACCUGUGGGCUACAAACAUGAUAAUCUCCAAAAGUGGCUGAUCGAGUUUAUCGCCGACGCACAUGACCUGUUCCUCUAUGACUGCCCAAGCAAUUUCUGGGCUGUCAUGCAGGAGCUUCCAGAACUGUAUUCAGAGAUCUCGAAGAUUCGAACCGAAAUACACACAAAGUCCCCGCAACGCUAUGCGGAUAUUGUUUCCCUGAUGCGCAGCCGGGGAAUCGAGAAAGUGUGA